GAAGUAGAAAGGGAAUGGGAAAAAAAACAGAGCCAGAAAUGAAUUUGUUGUGGCUUAAAAUAAAGUAGUUGUUUUGUUACAGGGAGGAUGUCUUGUUGAUUUGCUUAUUGGUUAGAAUCUUCCUGUUUGGAUUCUGUUUAAAGGAGUAAUUGCAGUAUUAAUUCAAUGAUACUUACUGUGAUAUUGAAUCAAAUAGUAGGCUGUACAACAGACAUGCAAUGAUAAUUUGACCAUGGCAGAUGAAAAAAAGUCCUAAAUAAGUGGACAAAAUAUAUUCAUUUUAGGGUAAAAAAAAAAACCUCUCUUUUCUUCCUUACAGGUGGUUAACAUGGUGGUGUUCAAAGAUAGUGCAGCAGGCUUGCUGUUUGAACACAGUGCUGUGGAUGGAAUGGUGGCUGGGCUUGUGGCUGAAAGUGCAUUUUAUCUGUCAGAGUCACAGAAUAGAAACUUAAUCCAUGCCCAGACAGACAAUAAAUCUGCAGCUCUCGACGCUAGCUUGACAAAACCCAAACCCUUAACAUUUCAACUAGAGGGAAUUGGCAUGCCAAGUCACCCUGUUGACACAUCUACCCUAGAAACCCACCCUAUUCUCACUUUUGAAAUGCCAUCUUAUCCCGAUGUCUUCACCAUUCUGAGGAGUCAACGAGGGGUUUAUGAUGCUUGGGUCAACUUCUCCCUGCAGCUAGCCUUGAGGCAAACGCUUGGGGAAUCAGCUAUAAAACACAUCAUUGUCACCCCUACACAUAUGCGCCAUUUCAAACAUGGUCGCUGUGAUCCCACAUACUCCCUUACGGCCAGAUCUCGACAGUUAGUUAGUGCACUAGCUGCAUGCAUUGGUCCUGAUGGGAAUCCUCAGUAUUCCAAGGAGCUCAUAGGCCUGUUCCACUUGGCACUGUUGGAGCACAAGAAUCUCGUCAAGGCCACAAAAGUUGGUGAAGGUGUGGGGCCUCACUUGGCAGUCUUGCGUCACUCCAUGUCCCCAAACAAUCCUCUGAAGAAGUUUCUGGAUCCUUUUGGAUGUCCAUCUGUGUAUCUCACAGGGAAAGACCUGAUGGAAGGCGUGGAAUGUGCAGUUGGAAAUGUGUACGCUCGUGACCAGCUCGCUGUCACGUACCUUGGGAGAAAAGACCGGGUUCGCGUUGUCCUGAAUGGAAAAGGUAGCUUCGUGGGUGUAUUGGACAAACUUCAUGCAAACCUGCAAAUGACGCUGAAACUAGUCAUGCUCCUGGCACUUAGAUAUGCCAUUGCUGGGCAGAUGGGGGCAUUUGAGUGUAUUCUGCAGGAGAAUGAGCUCAGAAUGAAUGGAAACACAGAGGCUAAAAUUCGCAAAGGUCCUAAUACGUGUGGCAAUUCACCCCAAUCCUCGGAGAUGAAGCCGGACUUCACAUUGUUGAUUCAUGGUGGAGCUGGUGAGGAUGUUUCAUUGAAUCAGAAGGUGGUGGAGGUCCUUGAGUUUGCCCUUGAAACUGCCCUAAAGCUUGGGGCACAAGUACUGAGAAAUGGAGGGAGCAGCUUAGAUGCAGUCGAGAGGAGUGUGGUGGCCCUGGAGGACUGCUUUCUCUUCAACGCAGGCAAAGGUGCCGUCUACAACAAAGAUGGCGACCAUGAGCUGGAGGCUUCCAUAGUGGACGGUAAUGGUAGCAACUCAGGAUCAGUGGCCUGCUUGCGUACAGUGAAAAAUCCUGUGAGGGCAGCCAGACAAGUCAUGGAGCAAAGUGUACACUCACUCCUGGUUGGGGAGGGGGCUGAAGAGUUUCUGCAAGGAGUUGCAGAAAAAGCCAAGCCCGUGGGAGCUGAGUACUUCCACACGGAUGUGCGCCGUAGAGAGUUGGAUGCCAAACUAAACAGUAUGCCCACCAGUAUGCCCACCAAAAACAAUCACCCACAAACUGUGGGAGCAAUCGCUCUGGAUAGGUGGGGUAAACUGGCAGCUGCAACUUCAACUGGUGGGCUUGUGGGCAAGCUAAAGGGCAGAGUGGGCGACACGGCUGUGAUGGGUGCAGGAAUAUAUGCUGAUGAGAAGGUGGCAGUGACUUGUUCGGGUGAUGGUGAUGUUUUCCUCAGGCAAACAGUUUCUCAAAAAGUUGCUAGUCUGUACAGUCACAAAGGCUACACACUCAAACAGGCCUGUCAGGAGGUGAUCUCUGAGAACCUAAAAGGCUGUCAGGCUGGAAUCAUCGCAGUGGAUCACAAAGGUGAAGCUGUGAUUGAAACAAAUGCUGCGGUCAUGUUUGUUGCGUCUCUGGUCAACGACACAAUUCGUGCAGAAGUCUUCAGACCAGCAUUCACCUUCUCCAACAUAAUCUGGGAGACUGAUGAACUGGUAGCUUACUUACAACCUGACCCGUGUACUCUAGGUGCCACAGUCCUUACUCGGAAGUCUCUCAGUGGUCCCAACAGCAUUUUCCAUCUUACUGUUCCCAACUUUGUGACAAUGCUACUGGGGGCUCGAAGAGUUGCAAAGCUACUGUGUGAACGACUUGGCGUCCAGCGCUGUGCCCUCGUAGCACAUCCCCUGCCGGACCAGCCUGUCCAGAUCAAAGUACUGCCUCUCCAUGGCCUGGAACCUAGCUGGAGACCACAUCUUGCUGAGGAGGAAGAGUUUAACACCGAUGAUCCGGGCUAUUGCAGCUCUAAGAGUGGCCCACGUUGUGAAGAUGUUCAACUUGAUAGCAUUCAGGCCAAGAUACGAGCCAAGCUUCCAACACCCAAUGCACCAUCCUGCUAUGACUUCCUGGGAGACCCCAAACACAACAAUCUUUUCUCACGCAUUGUACGUGGUGAUGAGAAACAGUGGCGGGUGUGGGAGGACAACAAUAACGUAGCUUUCCUGACUCCCUUCCCCAACACGCCUGGGCUCACGGUUCUGGUGCCACGCAAACCGCUCCCCAGUGACAUCUUCCGCCUAGAAGAGGCAGACUACACAGGCCUCAUCCUUGCCGCCCGAAAAGUUGCACAGCUCUUACAGGAAGGUAUGAGGGCGCGAGGAGUGGCUCUCAUUUUUGAGGGCUUUGAAAUUGAUUAUGCCCACGUGAAAUUGAUCCCCUUAGUGACUUCACCCUGCCAGAAAGUCACUAGUGUACCAUCACAGUUUUUCCAAACCUAUCCAGGGUUUGUCACCUCGGCCAAUGGCCCACAAGCAUCAUCAGAAGAAAUCAACAAGGUCCACACACAGAUCAUAAAGAACAUAGCCCCAAGGUCAUGGGAGGAUCCUCAAAGCCAUGCCACAUUAGCAAUAACCAACCAGUGGUAUCGCAAUCUCUUCCAAAUCCAAAACACCCUAUUUCAUAGCACUGUAGAGUACUUCAACAACAUCUGUCUGUAUUCAUACGCUUUGACCCCCAUCACCACUGACACAAUCUCUUCCCCGAUGGGCCUUGGGUCCGACUCAGAACCUGUGUUUGUCAACAUGCUGGGACAGGAUGUCUACUUGGCCGACUCCAUGCAGUUUGUUCUUGAAUAUUUCCUGCGGUUCCAGGAAGGUCUACCCGGGGCCUAUUAUGUGUCGCCCAGUUUCCGGGGAGAAGAUCCUGAUGCCACCCACCUAAACCAGUUCUACCACAUUGAAUGUGAACUCCUGGGUGACAUGGACACUGCGAUGACUGUCGCCGAAGGCUUUGUGGCUUACAUGACCCAACAGAUGCUAAAGAAACACUCUCACAUCAUCUUGAGCACGACUGGCACUCUGUCCCAUGCACAGGACCUGCUAAAAAAGCUGGAAGGUGAGAAACACCUCCCAAGAGUCACCUUGGAACAAGCCAUCCCUAUGAUGCCAUCCCCAGACUGCCUAGAGUGGGUUCAAGAUGGCCAGCCGCAGUUUGGUAGAAAGCUCACUCGGAAAGGUGAGCGGGUCUUGAUAGAGAAGUAUGGUGGUGCCGUUUGGCUGACUGAAAUGGAUCACCUCGGAGUGCCAUUCUAUCAGGCAUACGUCGAAGGCUCGGGCAGAUCCAAAGCUAAGGCUGCCGAUCUCCUGCUUGGACUGGGUGAGACUGUAGGCCUGGGAGAGCGCCACCCAACCCCAGAGAAAGUGCAGGAGGCCUUGAGGCACCACGCUGUUCCAGAAGAGUCGUACAAGUGGUACAUCAACAUGCGCCAGCUCAUCCCCUUGUGCACCAGUGGGUGGGGAAUGGGUACGGAGCGCUAUUUAUGCUGGCUCCUUCAGCACAAUGAUGUCAGAGACAUGCACAUCAUACCUCGAAUGAAGGCCAAGAAGUACCUGCCUUAAACAUCGUUUCCAUUCAGGGAUCAGAGAGAGUUAGUGGAAAACAUGAGUGAUAAGAUAGUUGUUUCAUACAUGAAUCAUCACCAUAUUGAUUUUGCACUGAUCUGAGCACUUCUACCAAUAAGCAAGUACUUGCUGUAUGUGACCCUAUGUAGAUGUAUUUAGUUAUUUCUGGCUAAAAUGGCUAAUAAUCAGAAUAUUUAAGAUUAGAAAGCAUGUGUGAUUACAGAUUGGAAAGACAGAUUCAUUUGUUAAUUACUCUACUGUAGGAAAAAUUUUUUGUAUGAUCAUUUUGUAUUACUACAAUGAAUCAAAGAAUUACAUUUAAAGCAAUGUGGGGACUGAUGAAAGUAAUGAAAUGUUACAAGAAAUCUGCCAAGUGCUGUAAAUGUCAUGUUCUGCCAUUUUCAGAAUAUACUUGUUUGGAGAGUGGUGUAUUGUCUUGGAGAUUUCCACCAUUUGAUGUUUGAUUGGAUGUCAUAAAGGAGGGUUAGGAGGCAUUUUUAAGUGGAUAUCUGCUACAAUAGUGAUUAAAGAGCUUCAUAUUUAGAGCAUGUUAUGAUCUUAACACGAAACAUAAUAUACAAAAUCCUUUUAAUUAUCAAUUUCAAUUACCUUUGAAGCUUUAGUUUUUUUUGACUCCGUCUUGUUCUGUCUAACUCAUUUCAUCCGGAUUGCUUCCAUGUUUCUUCAAAUUGUUUCUCACUUUGUUUUUGUGAUUUGCAAAUGGACCAUCAUGUACCUAUAUGAAGUAAUUUUGACCUGAUGUGAUAAUUCAAUUAUUGGUCUGAAAAAUCCUGAGAUUAAUUCUUUCCAGAAGCAGCAAUUUGUUAUACAUUUAUCCUUUUGCUUUUAAAAAUAUCACUGAAUAAAGAUUAUUAACAAAUUA